CUAUCGUGCUGUCUCAGCUGUGGCCAUGGUCCGGCUACCCCAGCUAAACGCUAAUCCUUCCCAUGGUAGCUUGCUGUCGAGAGGGCCCUCGCCAGUGGACAAAGUCGAUAGCAAUGUUGAAUCCCGUCAACACAGAGGGAUUGACCACGAGUUCUGCCGCGGAUUAUCCUGGCUAGAGGUGGUACAGAAUUGGCGCUGCAAUCCGUUCCUCCCGAUGCCCCCGCCGACACGGACACCCGAGUCGCCACCAAAGACUUCAGGGAGGGGUACUCCAGUGCCUGCGCCAUCCCCCACAGCACCGGCUACAAGUACGAGAGGGAAUAAAAGCUCCACCCGUUCGUCGACAGCCGAAACUCCUACCCCGACGAGACCUCCUGCUUCACCAUCUCCCCAGGAACCUGUUGUACCUCCGCCAGCGACCGGAGAUAACUCUGAGGACCCACCUGCGGGCACGCCUUCUCGUGACUCGAGUGAACCUCCGUCAGAAACCUCGAACAACUUACCCUCCGAGUCCGUAGAGGACGCAAGCUCACCGGAGGAAUCCGAAGGCGAGGGUCGGCCCCUUCCAGUUUUUGGGACGAAUACGGGAAGUCACGACGGAAACACGUCGACAGCUGGGAGCCCGCCCUCAGAGCCGACUCACAGACAAGGCUCGGUCGCUGGAGCAAGCAAGGCAGAUGUUACAAGCACUGCUCUCGACGGCAUCCUUUUCCCAACAUCCGGGUCGAGCGGCGGGGGAGACGAGACUGCCAACGCACCAGGCUCAGUGGGUGGUGCGAAAUCAGGUUCAAGCAAUACGGGCGCAAUUGUGGGUGGAGUCUUGGGCGCUCUUGCUCUCAUUGGACUUUUGAUUGCUGCGUUUCUGGUUUAUCGACGACGAGUUCGGAGAAGUCGUGUUCCGCCAUCCGCAGAGUUUAUGCAGAGAUAUGGAAAUUCGGCCAUGCUGCAUGCUCAAAGUCCUUACUCGCCCAUACGGUAUGAUGGACUGGUCGGUGAGGAACAGGUGCCAGGUUAUACCCAGGGAAACUACCAACUUCCUUUCCGCGACAAAGCUUGAGCUUAUAUACCCUUAGUCACCGAAUUAUACAUUGAGUGGCAGUCUCAA